AUGGCCGCAGACGAACUUAUCGACGGACAUGUCUCCGUAAAACAAUGCCAAAAGGCCAUCGAAGCCCUACAUUCGUAUGAAACCAAAAGACAGCAAAAACUCGAAGAAGAAGAGCUGAUUCCAGGGAAAGAGCCCAACAUCUGGUUGAACAUAACCGUCAAGAAAAUCCCUCCUGGCCACAGAAUAAAACCUGUAAAAGUACCUGUGGUACACCCUCUGGUCGACCCCAGGACGUCCCCGAUCUGCCUCAUUACAAAAGAUCCUCAACGAGAGUACAAGGACCUCCUCGAAAGUCAUAACAUCAAGUUCAUCUCACGGGUGGUUGGAAUCGAGAAGUUGAAGGGGAAAUUCAGGCCUUAUGAGGCCAGGAGAGCGCUGUUAAAAGAGAAUGGCAUGUUCCUCGCCGACGAACGAGUGGUUCCUCUGUUGCCAAAGUUGCUGGGGAAGAAGUGGUUCGAGGCUAAAAAGCAACCCAUUCCGGUCUGCCUUACCCGUAAAGACUUGAAAGGCGAACUCGAACGUUCCAUCUCGUCUACCUACAUGAAUCAAAACCAAGGAACUUGCACAUCCGUCAAGGUCGCGAAUCUCUCUCACAAACCCGCCCAUGUACUCGCCAAUCUCCAAAAGGCUCUGCCCACUAUUGUCGCCAACAUCAAGGAUGGCUGGGAGAACAUCCAAAGCCUUCACAUCAAAACCAAUUACAGCGUCAGUUUGCCGAUAUGGACGUGUUCCUUGGAUGCAUCAGGGGAGGGGCGUUGGCACGAUCUCGAGGCUGAAGCCGUCAGUGAAAACGAGGGCCCCGAUGAUAGCAAUGAUUCCGAGGUGGAGAACGCCGGAGCUGUGAAGACGAAGAACGGAAGGAAGAGGGAGUCGAGUUCGGAUGAUCAGUCGGAGGAUGGCCCUAGGAAACGAGUGAAGAAAACGAAGGACACGCCUUCGAGGACAGCCAAAUCGACCAAUGCCGAAACCGCAGUCACCCAGUCCGCAAAGGCGAUGUCCAAACCCUCCACCAAAAAAGCCAAAACGGGCGCCGCCGACUCGGGAGAGAAAUCCAAGCAGAAAACGGCCUCAAGCUCCAAAUCCACGAAGGAUGGCCCCCAACCCACAGAAUCCGCUGCUCCCUCGACCAAGAAAACCAAGACUCCUGCCUCUGCGAAGCCCGCCCCCACAGUUAAGGCAAGUGUCAAAUCGGCCAAACCAUCGCAACCGCCUACAACCACACAACCGGAGGAUCUGAAGUCGAAACGGGAGGUCAAAUCUAUUGAGAAGAAAAAGGAGAAGAUUAUCAAACAGAAGGGUGGCAAGACUGCGAAGAGUUCGCUGCUUGGCAAGAAAGCUGCUCAGAAUUGA